CUCCGGGCCGGGCGCCGCCGCCGCCGCGCUGCACGCACCGCUCGCCGGGGCCCGACCGCUGCCAUAAAAUGUUUGACGGUUGCCUCCUGCCUCUCGUCUUCCCUUUCCUGCUGCUGUGGGGACUGGACGCCGGCACAGCUGGCGGCGCGGAGCUGGAAGUGGUGAUCCCGGAGCGAGUGGCGCUGGAGAAGAUCCACCUGCUGCCGCCCGCGGCGCGAGGGGAGCGCGGCGGCGCGCGGCGGCGGCGGGCGCUGCCGCGGGCGGCCGAGGCGGUGCUGCUCCGCCUGCCCGCCGCCGGCACCGAGCUCUACGUGCACCUCCGGCGCGACCUGCGCUUCCUCGCCCGGGGCUUCGUGGUGGAGCAGCGGCGCGGCGAGGCGCGGCGGGCGCCGGGGCCGCGGCGGCCCGCCGAGGAGCGGCUCUGCUUCUACACGGGACACGUGCUGAACCGCAGCGACUCCUUCGCCUCCCUCAGCACCUGCGCCGGGCUGAUUGGCUAUAUCCAGAUAGGAUCAGAGCACAUGCUAAUACAACCAGUAAAUAUGUCAGAGACUUCAUUUAGUGGAAAAGAACACUUCAUCAGGCGCAGACGAUCCACAAAAUCAGGCCAUCCCAUGAAGUCACAAGUUCCUGAUGAGCACUGCAAAAUUGUAACAGAAAAGAAGAGACAAAAGAAGACGAAAUCUACUAGUGACUGGAGGGAGAGAAGAAACGCCAUUCGACUUACCAACGAGUACACAGUAGAAACUCUGGUGGUGGCAGAUGCUGAUAUGGUCCAAUACCAUGGUGCAGAGGCUGCCCAAAGAUUCAUCCUCACAGUUAUGAAUAUGGUGUACAACAUGUUUCAACAUCAAAGCCUUGGAAUUAAAGUCAACAUUCGAGUGACCAAGCUAGUCCUGCUUCGAAACCGUCCUGCAAAAUUGUCUAUUGGGCAUCAUGGAGAGAGAUCUCUGGAGAGCUUUUGUCACUGGCAAAAUGAAGAAUAUGGUGGAGCAAAAUACCUUGGUAACAACCAGGUUCCUGGUGCGAGGGAUGACACCCCACCUGUGGAUGCUGCUGUUUUUGUAACCAGGACAGAUUUCUGCGUACACAAAGACGAGCCUUGUGACACUGUGGGGAUUGCUUACCUGGGAGGUGUCUGCAGUGCCAAGAGAAAAUGUGUUCUUGCUGAAGACAACGGUCUCAAUUUGGCAUUUACAAUUGCACACGAACUUGGGCACAACAUGGGAAUGAGCCAUGAUGAUGAUCAUCUCUCCUGCGCAGGGAGGUCUCACAUUAUGUCUGGAGAAUGGGUGAAGGGCAGGAACCCCAGUGACCUUUCGUGGUCUGCAUGCAGCCGAGAUGACCUUGAAAACUUCCUAAAGUCCAAGGUCAGCACCUGUUUGCUGAUAACAGACCCCCGAAGCCAGUAUGUGGUGCGACUCCCUCACAAGCUGCCGGGAAUGCACUACAGUGCAGAUGAACAGUGCCAGAUCCUCUUUGGGACCAAUGCUACCUUCUGUAAGAAUAUGGAGCAUUUGAUGUGUGCUGGGCUCUGGUGCCUGGUGGAAGGAGAUACAUCCUGUAAAACAAAAUUGGACCCCCCUCUGGAUGGCACUGAAUGUGGCGCCGACAAGUGGUGCCGAGCUGGGGAGUGUGUCAGUAAAACUCCCAUCCCCGAGCACGUUGAUGGAGACUGGAGCAUGUGGAGCCAGUGGAGCAUGUGCAGCCGGACCUGUGGCACAGGAGUGCGAUUUAGACAGCGGAAAUGCGACAAUCCCCCCCCGGGACCAGGCGGGAAGAACUGCCGGGGAGCCAGUGUGGAACACACCGUGUGUGAGAACUUGCCUUGCCCUAAAGGUGUACCAAGCUUCAGGGACCAACAGUGCCAGGCCCAUGACAGAUAUGCCAACAAGAAAAAAAGCCUCCUGACAGCUGUCAUUGUUGAUGAUAAGCCGUGUGAGCUCUUCUGCUCUCCGCUGGGGAAGGAUUCCCCUGUGCUGGUGACAGACAGAGUCCUUGAUGGUACUCCUUGUGGGCCUUACGAGACUGACCUCUGUGUACAUGGCAAGUGCCAGAAAAUUGGCUGCGAUGGAAUCAUUGGCUCAGCUGCCAAAGAGGAUCGCUGUGGCAUCUGCAGUGGUGAUGGCAAAACCUGUAAAGUGGUGAAAGGAGACUUCAACCACACCAAGGGGAUGGCUUUAAAAGAUUCCAGUAAGAGAUCCAUUAACAGCGACUGGAAAAUUGAACUUCCUGGUGAGUUUCAGAUCGCAGGCACUACUGUCCGGUACGUGCGAAGGGGUCUAUGGGAGAAAAUCUCUGCCAAAGGACCAACUAAAAUACCACUGCACUUGAUGGUGCUGUUAUUUCAUGACCAGAAUUAUGGAAUUCAUUAUGAAUACACCAUUCCUGUAAACUAUACUGCUGAAAACAGAAGUGAACCAGAAAAGCAGCAGGAUUCUUUGUACAUUUGGACGCACAGUGGAUGGGAAGGGUGCAGUGUGCAGUGUGGAGGAGGUGAACGGAAAACUAUUGUGUCCUGUACUCGAAUUAUUAACAAGACCAUGACACUUGUGAAUGACAGUGACUGCCAACGAGUGAAUCGCCCCGAGCCCCAGGUCAGGAAGUGUAACACACAUCCCUGCCAAUCACGGUGGGUGACUGGCCACUGGAGUCCCUGCUCUGCCACUUGUGAGAAAGGUAUCCAGCAGCGGGAAGUGACUUGUGUUUAUCAGUUGCAAAACGGCACCUACAUUAACACAAGAGACCUCUACUGCCUUGGAAACAAACCAACGACUGUACAAAGCUGUGAAGGCCGGGACUGCCUUUCUAUCUGGGAAGCAUCAGAGUGGUCAAAGUGUUCAGCAGACUGUGGCAAGGGGAUCCAGAAAAGAACAGUGACAUGCACAAAUUCUCAAGGAAAAUGUGAUGCAGCCACCAGACCAAGAGAUGAGGAAGAAUGUGAGGAUCACACAGGCUGUUACGAAUGGAAAACAGGAGAUUGGUCUAAGUGCUCCUCAACUUGCGGGAAGGGCCUGCAGUCACGCGUGGUCCAGUGUAUGCAUAAAGUCACGGGGCGCCACGGCAAUGAGUGUCCUGUCCUGUCCAAGCCAGCAGCCUACAGGCAGUGCCACCAAGAGGUCUGCAAUGAGAAGAUAAAUGUCAACACAAUUACCUCGCCCAGACUUGCUGCUCUCACGUACAAGUGUACAGGCGACCAGUGGACAGUGUACUGCAGGGUGAUCCGGGAGAAGAAUCUGUGCCAAGACAUGCGGUGGUAUCAGCGCUGUUGCCAGACUUGCAGAGACUUUUAUGCAAACAAGAUGCAGCAGAAGAGUUAA